AUGAUGUACCCCCGCACCGGUGACCUCAUUAGGAAUCACCUCGCCAAAUCGGUUAGGGCAUUUAAAGGGGAAGGCCCCUUUACCCAGAAGAACUUAUGGAACGUGUGGACGCGGAAGUAUAGCACCGGGGUGUACCCCCGGGUGGGGGGGAAUUAUGUUGGAGGGAUUCCCGGAUGGACGGGCUUCACGAGUGGCAACCGCGUUAGUAGCACCCGCGUUAGUAGCAGCCUCGCUAGUGGAAGCCUCUCUACAACCCACCGCAGAGGCAUAACGAGCUGCACCCCCCCACACUGGGGAAGGGAAACCAACGACGAGAGCUUCUUCGAAGGGGAACACCUGAACAGAAAGUUAGGAGGCUACGGAUACCCAAUGAUGUUCAUCGUCACCUACGAUCGACCCAGUUGGCAACCAUUCUGGGAAAACGAAUACGAGGUCAUCCCAAGAGACGAAUUCGGAGUCCCUGCCAGCAUCCCCCCAGAAGUCUCCACACAGAUUAAGCACACCUACUAUGUGCCUCCACAGUUCUAUACCUUCCUCAAAAAAUUAGGAGAUGACACGGAAGAGCUAAAGCCCUAUAUGAACAAACUCAUUCGAGGUGAAUUCACCUACGAUGACUACCAAGAGAUGUUUUAUAAAUUUGCAAAACCGCUAAAAAUCUUUAGGAGCAAUAUUCCCUUGCCGUAUAGGACUGCAGAGGAGAUGGCGAAGGAGGAGGAAAUGAAGUGGGAGUCUGCUUGGUAUACCUACCGACAGAAGAUGCUAGCGGAGUAUAACGUAACUAUGUGCUUGCGUGAAUUCAUCCUCUACAUGACCAUCGGUCUGUACUUUGCCUACUUGUGGCUGGACGCGCUGAGGCAGUACCGCCUGGACAUGAAGCUUUUCUAUUUGGAGGCCCCCGAACACAAGAUCAACUGGGUCAAGCCACGCGGAGACUUGGUCUGA